GGUCAAAUUUACAGAAAAAGGUGAAAUCGUGCUGACAAUUUCAUUUUUAUCGAAAGAAGAUAUAGAAACCAACAUAAUGAGUUCGACUUAUGGCCAAAUGAACAAAAAAGGAAUUCUGUUAAUUGAAUUAUAUGACACUGGCAUUGGCAUGAAUCCUGAAUUUAUACAACAUGCCUGGAAAAGUUUUUCACGAGGUGAUAUGUCAAUAACCAGAAAACAAGAGGGUACAGGACUUGGUCUCUCAAUUUGUAAAAUUUUAGUAGAAAUAAAUGGAGGAGAAAUUAAAGCAGAAAGUCAGUUAGGAGAAGGAA